AUGGAGGACGAGCUUUCGCCUGCGGCAGAAAAGGGGAAAGAGGUCACACAAGAACCGAAAGAAUUCCUCUAUAACCAAGUAGAGGAACUAAAGUGUUACAAUGCAGCCCUCCUGGCAGAGAUCGACAUGUAUGAACGGUUCAUCGGCCGCAUUGAUCCUCGGGACCUGGCGUCCCAUGCUGGGGGAGACGGUCCCGGGGCAGCAGGAGUCUCCAACCUGGAGGGUGGGGUAAGUGCUCGGAGACGGAGAUCCCGGUCCAACAUAUCAGAACGACUCCAGCAGCUGACCCUGGAACAAAAACUUUAUGUGGCCCAGAGAGAAGUAACAGAGACACGACAAGACCGGGAGAAACUCAGACAGAGAUAUGAGAGAAUUCAGGACAACUACAAGGCCUCUCUGAAAGAAGCAGAAUUGCGUCUUGCAGAAAUCAGGAAGGCUAAGAACAAGUUUGAAAGCAGACUGCUUAAACCUAUGAAGGACAUCAGGUUGGAAAUGAAGGAGCCGGAGAAGGUGCUUCAGUACAUCGAGGACAAGUCAAUGGUCACCCAGUUAGAAAAGUAUAAUCUGAAGAACCAGACACUGAAGGCCCAAGAGAAGAAGCUCCAGCAGCAGCUUCAACAGAGGAAAGAGAUGGGAAAAGCCGAGUACGAGGACAUUUUCCAGGAAUACAGCGAGCAGAGAAUAGACAAAAACUUGGAUGAACUUCAAGUCAACAGUUUGAAAGUACUACGUGUCCUCUGUUCAAACAAGGAGAAGCUGCAGAGCGUGACGUUGGAGGCCACAGAGCUGAACAAUGACAUCACCAACAGGAAGCAGAUGCUGGCAAAAAUUGAGGAGGAGAUACAGCACGCUGAGGAGGAGCGUUUAAAAGCAGAGGCCCUCAACCAACACCUGCGCCGCCAGAUGAACGAUUAUCAGGCUCCUGACAUCACUGAAUACAUGCAAGUCAAGGAAAAACACAAGAAGCUGCAGCGGAGCCUUCACACUUGGCAGAGAAAGUUUGGGAUGGCUGAGAUGGCAUUGAAGACCCACACUAAAGCCUGGAGCACACAGAGAGCCACUCUAUCUCCGGCUGACAGAGCUGAGGCUGGAGCUAGAACUGGGGAGCACCAAAUCACCGUAAAGCUCCCGCACAUAGCAGAACACAGCACAUAGAGACUUAGAGAAUCAGAAGGCAUACUGGAGUCAUAAAAUAACAAGGACAUUGUGUGGCAGAAAGGAAAACGUUGCUACUAUUGCAAACACACACACUAUUACAGUCACCCAACAUCUGAUUUAUCGCUCCAUACACGCUGUUCAUGCUUGUUUGGAAACUGUUGCCUUGAAGCUUUAAUCCUUAUCAUGUCUUAGUUUUUAUCAUGUCCUUGGGAAAUUUCUUCCCAUGCACCAGAAUGAAGAAUGAAUUGCACAGUAGAUGUUCUGACAAUGUAAAACCUUUUCUCCAUUAAUCACUGUUACUUAACCUUUGUGUCCUGAAUUAUGUUGAAUAAUAAAACAUU